AUGGGGAAAAAUCACCAACAAAAUGUUGUCUAUCCGACUGAAGCGGUUUUGGUGUUUGGGACCGUUGGUAGUGACAAAACAAAGUUAAUUCAUUUGUUACAAGAUCCUCAUGGAUUAGAAGCACUUGAUCCUGGACAGAAUGCAUUUGAACUCAUAAUACGUGAUAAUUUAGAACCGAAUGAACGUGGCGGCAUUGUUGAAAGUAUUUUACCGAAACAAAUCACCGCUAAAAUCGAUCAGAAAGAUACAGUUUUUUACGACGUUCCCGAUUUUCAAGAGUAUCAUAAUGCAAGCAUUGAAACUGCAACGAAAUAUUUCCUGAAACAGGUCAUCGAAAAAACGCCUGCUAUGAAAAUUCUUAUGGUAAUCGACUAUGAAUCCUUCGGGUUCAUUGUGACGGGAGUGCCGUCCGUUCGUGGGACUGAAGAGAUAACGUAUGAAUCUGCUAUGCAUAUGAUUUCCAAUUAUGUCACCCAAUACAGGCAAAUGUAUUUGAUUUCUCAUAAACACGCUGACCGAUUUUUCGAACAAAAAUUGGAAUUUAUUGAUGUGUGGAUGGGGCUGUAUGGCUUGUCCAAUUCCUCGGCCGUUUUGUUCAAGCCUGUCACAAGUGGGAAUUUUGAUGCAAUGGACAAAGUAAAAAAUUCUUUGGGGAAUAUUCAAAAUUUAUGUACGCGAUUGCCAUAUGCAGAGAUGGGAGAGUUUUCUUUUGAUUUUACACCGUCGGACGAAACAGUAAUGAACAUUCGCACGGUUGGCGAAAAAGUCAUCAAAAAUAUCACGGACACAAUUGAUCGAAUCGAUGACGCUAUUGCCAAUCAGAUAUUAACAGAAGGGCGACGAAUCAAACGGUUAGAUGUUCGGAAAGGUUAUUACCAAAAAAUCGACGAUGAACUAAAAGAUCUAAAAUCGACGACUGACGAAUUAUCACCAAAGAUGAACCUAAUUCGUUUGUUAGAUUUUAUGUCGAAAAUGAACGUCACCAUAUCCAAGGACACGUUCGACAAUUUAAUUGAAAAACAGCAAAAGAUGGAAAUAGCUAGACGACUUAGUGUACGUCAGCUGGUUCCACCGUUAUGGUUCGAUCGAUUUUAUGAAACAACGACAGUCGUGAAAAAUGAGCAAAAUUGGAAUUCGUUUUUGAUUUAUUUGUACGACUUUUUGACGUCAUACAACGUUCAAUUGCGUCCAGGUGCCUACGACGUUCGCAAUGUCUUACACUUUGGAGAUAAGACGGAUGGCCCGAAAGGUCUAUACAUUCAUUCGAAUAACUGGGGAGAUUUUCUGUACAAACAUCCCGGAUAUUACGAAUUAUUGCGUCAUUUUCCAAUGAAUGAUCGUAGAUUUGCGGAGGUCAAUGAAAUCAUCCGUUCAACAUUGCGUUACCAAAAGAAAAUUGAAUGCGACGGCAACAUAGCCACGUUUUCAGGAGAUUUCAUUUUAAUGAGCGACCUGAAUGAAACGUUUUGCAAUGGUGCAUCAAAGUACCGUAUUCUCGCGUUGAACAAAUUUUUUGUCGAUCAAGACUGUACGCUUCGUAAUAAAGAAGAGAUCGUCAUCGUUGCACACAAAUGGGAGGUGACGAUACAGAAUGUCCGAUUGACAUUGGUGGGAAGUGAUGCAACCAAAAAACAUAAUGCAAAUACUUAUGGAACAUAUAAUCGACCAGAUGGUACGCCUGGCAUUCCUGGCGUUGCCGGAGGAAAUGGUGCCAACUUUUUAGGCUAUGCUUAUGAAAUGGACCAUUCGGACUGGUUCACUGUUGACGUAAGUGGAGGAAAGGGUGGAUAUGGUCAAAACGGCUCGGACGCUUAUUCGGAAAGACCGGUUGUAGAUUCUGAUAUGUUGCACCGAGAUUGGCAUUACGAGUAUGGAUAUGAUGCCCUCAAGCAAAUGCGAUAUAAAUAUAGAAAAAUUGAAGGUCCAAGUAAAGACAAUCCCCAAAGCUAUUGUGACCAUGAUAACAGUUUGUUUAAAGCCGAUUUAAAUUACAAAAUCUAUGCCCGAUGGUGCUGCAAACCAGACGGAUACGCUGGAAUCGGUGGACUUGGUGGAAACCCUGGCGCCGUACAGAACAUAGGACAACAAAGACCAAUAUUCGUCAAUGAAACCGGUCCUCAGGGUGAAAAUGGUGUAAAUGUUGACCCAUGUGAAACGCGUCGAGCACUUGUUAAAUAUCAUGGAAGAUGUAACUCAGCACUUUGGAAGUUGCUAAAAAAUGAAUAUUUGGUGUUUACUGGUACAUUCCAUGAUUUCGAUUACGAAAUGGAUCCUGAAUGUCCCCCCAAACCUAGAUAUAAAGAAUUCAAUGAAGCCGACCGAGAAAAUCCUAGACCAGUGGCACCAUUCAAUGUGGGCAAAGCAUUUAAUGAUUACAAGAAAUUGAUUCGAGCCGGUAUGACAGAAAAUACUACCCUCCACUUACGAGACGUUCAACAAGUAUACUGGAAACUGGAUGGAAAUGAGCAGGUACAGAGUUUGUACAAAAUCAUAGAUUUCAUUGACGAACUGAACACAUUGGAAUUGCAAUAUUUCGAUUUGCAAGAAUAUGUCGACUUCCUGCCAUUUUACGAGAGCAUAUUGAAACGCUUGGAAUCAUUUGCUGACAAGAACACUCCAAACUUACGAAUGGAUGAACGGAAAAUAUUGGCAACACUAUACACAUCGGCGCUGACGAAGGCGAACGGACUGCGAAGAGGAAAAGAUUCAAAUUUGGUUAUUGACGUUGUCACGUACUUGAACACUAUGAGCGAUACGGUGAAAACGUUGAAUGACAUCGGACGUGACAUUGUGAUCACCGAAUACCGGAACGAUUACGAAAAAGAUUUGGACGCAAAAAUUGACGAGGCCGAUAAAUUGAUCAACGAAAAUUUGAUGCCAAAAAUAAAGGAGAAAUUUGAGGAAAUGGAUGAAUCUCUGCAGUCGGUAAUCGACGAAACGGUUCAGCGUCAGGACCAAACCAGAGAAGAGAUCAAAGAGCAGGAAAAAAAUUUGGAGAAAUUACAGCAAAAUUGGAUUUUGCGUUCGGUUCUGCAAACGAUGAAUUUUGUUGCUGAUAUCGCUGGUAAUGCCGGACCCGAAGCAAAACUCGCUAGUACGUUAAUUAAAAUGGGUACAAAUAUUGGCGGUAAAUUUAUUGUUGAUCCGGAGGACUCGCUUGAUAUCGAAGUGAAGAUACCGGCAGGUGUGACCAAUGUGAUAUCGAAAAUUUCUGAUGUUGUCGCGAAACGGAAAAAGAAAAAAAUCGAAGCGAUGGAAAAAGAAAUCGAAGAACUGACCAAAGCGUUGAGGAAAGAUGAAAAUGAAGAGCAGAAAAAAUUGGACGAUAAAGAAUGGGAAAAUUAUGUGACACUUCGUAAUCUCACCGAUCUGGGAAAUUUGCAAAAAAGGUUGAAAGAAGCAAAGGAGGAGACAAAUCCAACUCAAGGGAAAAUUAAAAAAAUCAAAGAUGAUCUGAAGACUUUUAUUAACGGCGAAAAGACAGCCAUGGAAAAACAAGUUAAAUUUAAGGAACAAACGAAAAAAAACUGGUCCAAACGAUUCGAACGAAUGUCCACCGCCAUUGAUUUAAUUGAUAGCGGCAUUGAGACCAUUAAGAAAAUCAUAGGCGAUAGGACAAAAAUCGAUACAAUGACGAAAGCAAUCUCUAAAAAUUAUGAUUCAUUGAGAGCAUUGGAACAAUUCGAAACAACGGUUUAUGACGAAUUAAUUCCGGAAAUGACCAAAUUCCAUGAAUCAAUCGAAAAUACCCGUAAAACACUGGGCACCAAGUCUCAUGUUGCGCUAGAUCUCCAGAAAUGGAACAUCAAAGAAGCGAUCACUGAUGCCAAAGAAAGCAUGAUUCUCUCCAUUUCUGGCUAUAUGGUCGAAGGGAAAAUGAGGUCAUUGUUCGAUAAACUAAUCGAUGCCAUGAGCCUUAUGAUCAAUAUUUAUGAUCGCAUUCAAACUUAUAGCGAGCACGCAAAACUUGCCACUUACAUCGGACAAUUGCAUAAGGCGAGUUUCCAAAAAAUUCAAAUCGCCGAUCCACAAAUGGAAUCAAUUUUCAACCAUAUGCUGUUCAACAUUCACGCGAACAUCAUUAUUACCCAAUACUUAGCCGCUACCAAUGCAUUCAAGCAAAGCGUUUUUCCAUUUGCCGCCAACUAUUUCGAGGACUACCGUUUACCCGCUUCGAUUCGAACGCAAGCGCCCAACCUUAACGAUUUGGUUUCUCUGAUUGUGCAACAAAUAAAUGGCUUCAAAAACCGUAUCGAGCAACUCAAUAAGGCGGUCAUCAAUGAAAAUGACGCAAAUAUUAUGGGAGCAAAAUUCGACAGUAAAUUGCCCGGGUCGAGAUCAUUCUACUUAUGGCGAAGCAAAGACCAUCGUAAAGAAAUUGAGGAUUUAUUUGCCGGAGAUCGUAUCUAUUUACAUGCCGAUGUUGCGAGCGGAUUAAAUAACAGCGCAAUCAAAUUCAAUACCGUCAAUCUCACAUUCCAUGCGGUAAACGAAACGUUCCAAUCCAGCCUGGAUGCUGUGCUACAGACAGCCCACAUUACGAUGAUCCACAUGGGUAUAUCGUAUUACCGCUGCGCCAACGAAUUCUAUUCGAUCAAAAGUCCACCACAAACAAUUAAAUUCAGUGGGACCAACAUAAUGGCGAAUAACGUUUAUGUCAAAUUGCGUGACGGAAGUAGCAUGCUGAGUCCAUACACAACAUGGGGUCUGGGAUUGACAGUCGAUGAUCAAGAGAAAUUGAAAGAAAUUUCGUCGUUGACGCCAAUCGAUGUCGAAUUGAUAGGGACCGGGCAAUUCUUGUUGCACGGCACAGACAUAUGUCAAAGUGAUUUGAGUCAAUAUUAUACGUUGGAAAAUGACAUUUCCGAAUUGAAUGGUGUACUCACGAAUGAUCUUCCUUCCAUUAAAUUCAACAAUCCACAAUAUUUAGACAUCGAUGAUGUUUUGCUUCCGAAAUAA